ACGCAGAGAGUCGGCGUCUCCAAGGUGAACGCGGAAGUAAGCACGCCCCCAUGGAAUCGCUUGUGGAGCACCUUCAGCGCUUCUCCGAGCUUCUGGCCGUCUCCCGCACCACCCACGUCAGCACCUGGGACCUCGCAACCGUGCGCAGGGCCUUGCAGUGGGCUCGCUACCUGCGCCACGUCCAUAGGCGCUUUGGCCGCCAUGUUCGCAUUCGCAGGGCUCUGGAACUGCGGCUGCAAAACCAGUGGAGACAGGAGGGCGCGUCUGGGUCCACUCCAGUCCCCGGGUUGACGAACUUCCAGGCCCUGGGGCGCGGUGACCUCCUGCUGUCUCUGCGCCUGCUGGAGAACCGGGCCCUCGGGGAUGCCGCCUAUCACUACCUGCUGCAGCAGCUCUUUCCGGGCCCAGGCGUCCUGGAUACCGACGAGGAGGCGCUCCAAGGCAGACUGGCCCGCCUCGCCCGCUGCCGCUCCGCCGUCCAGUUGCUGCGUUUCAGCGGCCACGGGGAGAAGUCGGCGCUUGAGGACCCAGUGCUGAAGACCCAGGCGGAGCUGCUGCUGGGGCGUCUGCGGGAGGUGCCGAAGGCCGAAGCCGAGGGCCCCAGCAGGUUUCUCAGCACUCUGUGGGACCGCUUGCCUCAGAACAACUUUCUGAAGGUCAUAGCGGCCGCGCUGUUGCUUCCCCCGUCGUCUCCCCGGCCCCAGGGAGAAGAGUUGGAGCUGGGCACCCCCAAAACGCCCGGAGACGGGGCUCAGGAGCUGGUGCGUUGGCUUUUGGCGAAGUCGGAUGUCAUGGCCGCCUUUUGCCACAGCCUCCCGGUCGGGCUUCUAACUUCGGUGGCAGGCCGCCACCCCGCGCUCUCCCGGGCCUAUCUGGGUCUGCUUACAGACUGGGGUCGGCGCCUGCACUACGACCUCCAGAAGGGCACUUGGGUUGGAGCUGAUCCCCAACACGUGUCCUGGGAGGAGCUCUACGGCCGGUUUCAAAGCCUCUGUCGGGCCCCUCCACCUCUGAAAGACGAAGUUCUAACUGCCCUGGAGGCCUGUAAGGCGCAGGAUGGAGAUUUCCAAGUUCCGGGUGUUAGCAUCUGGACAGACCUGUUGCUAGCUCUUGGGAGUGGGUCAUGAUCAUGCUUUUGGGGGGCGGAGCGGGGUGGCGGGAGUCUUAGGUCUCAGCCCAGGCCCCAGUUCACUAUGGGCAGUGUUGUGUUAUUAUUUAUAUGUAUGGUUUACAAAAUUAAAAUUCCAGUGCUUGCACCAGAUCUCUA